CUUGUAAUUCUCUGAGCCACCUCUGUUGCUGGCCUUCAGAUGCUGGAAAGUAUCUAGAUACAGCCAAGUAUCUGCCCUUUACAGGAGCUCCAGCAGUCCAAGAGGAGCUGUACCACCACCAGCAAGACAGCCUCUAUUCUAACUGAAGACUUCACCCAAAGGCGGCGGCGGGCGGCGGGGCUUCUGAACGAGCGUGCAGCGGCGGCGGCAGCGGCGGUGGCUUCCGGAGUCCCGCCGCGAAGAUGCUCAAAGUCACGGUGCCCUCCUGCUCCGCCUCGUCCUGCUCCUCGGUCACGGUCAGUGCGGCCCCGGGGGCCGGGAGCGUCGUCCCGGAUUACUGGAUCGACGGCUCCAACAGGGACGCUCUGAGCGAUUUCUUCGAGGUGGAGUCGGAGCUGGGACGGGGUGCUACAUCCAUUGUGUACAGAUGCAAACAGAAGGGGACCCAGAAGCCUUAUGCUCUCAAAGUGUUAAAGAAAACAGUGGACAAAAAAAUCGUACGAACUGAGAUAGGAGUUCUUCUUCGCCUCUCACAUCCAAACAUUAUAAAACUUAAAGAGAUAUUUGAAACCCCCACAGAAAUCAGUCUGGUCCUAGAACUCGUCACAGGAGGAGAACUGUUUGACAGGAUUGUGGAAAAGGGAUAUUAUAGUGAGCGAGAUGCCGCAGAUGCAGUUAAACAAAUCCUGGAGGCAGUCGCUUAUCUACAUGAAAAUGGGAUUGUCCAUCGUGAUCUUAAACCUGAGAAUCUUCUCUAUGCAACUCCAGCCCCGGAUGCACCACUCAAAAUCGCUGAUUUUGGACUCUCUAAAAUUGUGGAACAUCAAGUGCUCAUGAAGACAGUAUGUGGAACUCCAGGUUACUGCGCACCUGAGAUCCUUAGAGGCUGUGCCUAUGGACCUGAGGUGGACAUGUGGUCUGUAGGAAUAAUCACCUACAUCUUACUUUGUGGAUUUGAACCAUUCUAUGAUGAAAGAGGUGAUCAGUUCAUGUUCAGAAGAAUUCUGAAUUGUGAAUAUUACUUUAUCUCCCCCUGGUGGGAUGAAGUAUCUCUAAAUGCCAAGGACUUGGUGAGAAAAUUAAUUGUUUUGGAUCCUAAGAAACGGCUGACUACCUUUCAGGCUCUUCAGCACCCGUGGGUCACAGGUAAAGCAGCCAAUUUUGUACACAUGGAUACCGCUCAAAAGAAGCUCCAAGAAUUCAAUGCCCGGCGCAAGCUGAAGGCAGCAGUGAAGGCCGUGGUGGCCUCUUCUCGGCUGGGAAGUGCCAGCAGCAGCCACAGCAGCAUCCAGGAGGGCCAUAAGGCCAGCCGAGACCCAUCCCCAACCCAAGAUGGCAAUGAGGACAUCAAACGUGCUCCCGAAGGAGAGAAAGUUCCAGGAGAUGGGGCCCAAGUGGCAGUUGAGGGGGCAGAGGCUGAGCCGAUGAAGGUGCAGCCUGUAGAGGAAGCUAAAGAUGCAAAUAUACAUGCUACCGAGGCCACUGAGAUAGUUCCCGAAGCAGUGGAAGAUGUGAAAAAGGUGGCUGAGCCAGAAAUAGAGGACGGGGACCUAAUGGUGGAGAAGCUAAAGACUGUGGAAGAAGCCGCAGCCCCCAAAGAAGGGCAAGAAAACCCUGAUCUGGGACUUGGAGUUCAACAGCAGGAUGUGAUCCUGCCGGAAUACUAAAUCGGCUUCCUUCAGAUCUGGAAUCCAAAUCCAGGCAUUUUGUGCACUUGGUCCUUCAGCAAGAAAGAUCUGAAAGCAUGAUAUUCACUAUAGUGAUUCUGUUUUUGAGGUGAAAAAAAAAUACAUAUAUAUCAGUUGGCAAUCCUAACUUCAAUGCAUGUGACUGCUUUAUGAAAAUAAUAUUGUCUUCUAUGGCAUGUAAUGGGUACCUAAUACUGAUGGGUUAAAUUUGAAAUUUCAAGUACACAAAACAUAACAUUUAAAAACAGGUACAUUUUCAAAUACCAGUGGCAGCACAUUUGAAGUGAAUAGUAACAAAUUGUUUUUGCUCUGAAAACCUAGCCAUCCUACAUCCUUUUGAUUUUUAGCUCAGGGCAGUAAUGUUCAGCUAAUGCUAGGCAGGGCUUAAAGAUGAGUUCCCACAGCAUUCACAACAUUUUACUUUCCAUCCUUAAUGUGUUCAAACUGUUUAUAAGAAAAUGGUUAUAGAUUAGAAACAUUACAAAGAAAGAAAAACAUUCCACUCAUAAUGGUAAGAAAUUGAGGCAUACAUUUAAGGGCGAUGAAACAACCUGCCCCUAAAGCUUGUGUGGAGAAUGCCUUAUUUUUUUAUCUGCUAUGUAUACUAUAUUAAUAAUAACCAAAAAUGUUAUUUCAUAAGAUUCUGCCAUUUUAUAAUCCUGGAGAAAGUAGUUACAAAGUCAUGCUGAGGAAUGUACUCCUCCAAUAAGAUGUCCCUCUGAUGGAGAAAACUUAGGGAGAGAAAAAGAAAUAUAGGGAAGAAAAGCAGAUACGGUAGUGAGACUUAGACAAAAGAAGAUUGACCUCUUGUCACUUUUGAGGUAAAAUGGUAUGUAUUCUUGAGUUUGUACAACUUUAUAGACGGAAACAUUUUUAGUGGUCACAAAGUUUCAAAUAUUUAGAAAAAUAUCUUCCAACAGGCUGGUGCCAAAAGGUCUGAAUAGAGUGGGAAUAAUAUUUCAUGAUAAGAAUAUUGACUUUAUAACAGUAAGAAAACAUUUUUGUUUAUAAAAGUCUCCCUUCAAUUGACGGUUAUCUAGAUUUACCACUUAUGAACUAAAGAUAUUUCUGAAAAGCUGGUAUUAUCUUUUCCUCAUAGUUGGAAUGGAAGUGCUCAAAUUUUAUGUUGUUUUGAAAGUUUCCAUGUCAAGAAAUUUAGGACAAUACAGCUUUUUAUUUAUCUUUAUUACACAAACCAAAACACAGAUUUCAAAUCAGACUCUUGAGAAAUUAAACCAUUAUACCUAAUUCUUUAUCAUAUUUUUUCAGAGUGAACAUAGCUUUCUUUGACUUUUAUCAACACUUUCCCCUUAAAGAAAUCAUACUAAUUCCAAGUUUCUCAGAUUUAUUUCUAGUUUGGGUUGAAAUGAACAUUUUCUCAAAUUAUGUAUCACAUUUUUGAUAGAUUUUCUUUAUUUUUAAAAAGGAUUGUUUUCAAAGACCAAAAUAAUACAGUAAAAAUAACCAUCACUUAAAAAUCCUCACCAAAAAAUCUUAAAUUUUUGUUGGCUCUUCCUCAAAACUGUUAAAUGGGAAAAUGAAAUUAAAUCUUUGGUGGCUGGAGGCUAUUGGACAUCAGUAGACAUUCUGCCUUCCAAGUGCAAAUCUUGCUUUACACUAUUCUCAUGAGAAGAAAAUACAAACAGAUUUCUUGCCUUCCAGAGUUUAGGAGCCUUGACAGAUCACCGACAGAGGACAAGAGGCCUGGCAGAAUGCUCUUGUAACUAGUAGAAAGUACUUCAUACCUCUUUUCUUCCUUUCCUUUAAUUACUCCCUCUGAGAAUUCCCAUUUCAGCUAUUAAAAAGGGCUCACUAUUUUUAUCCUUUAAGAAUGCCUUAUGAUUUCCCUUUUAAAAAGAUCAAGGGAAAUAGCUAUCAUCUGAAAAGCCUAUUUCCUGGUGUACUUUUCCCAAUGAAACUUAACAGAUAUAUCCGCUAAGUGUCCUAUAUAUUGACGAAGGGAAGAAGACAGGGGAGAGUGUUGGUAGAAAGUGGCAAUUAGUUGGAAGAUCAGAACACAUUGUCCCUAUGUACCUACCCCCAUAUUGUUCCAAGGGCACUUGUUAAUAUUUCAAGGCUCAGGGCUGACUGCAUUAGGUUGUCCCUUUGGAUAUAGGAACAACAUUGCAAAUGGUAGACCUAACGUAAUUUAUAGAAUUAACCCAUUUAAAUGAGUGCACAAACCCAUUCCUUGGUGAGUACUCAUGAACAUGAGAAUAAUUCCCUCUGUCCUUUUUAACCUGUAAAUUGUAUUCUCUAAAAAAUCAAUGGGGAGUUUAAAUUCUGAAUCAUAUUUUAAAGAUUAAAUCAUGGUAAUGACUAAAGAGCCACUAAUUUACCAUUUCUGUUGGAAAAAAAUCAAACUUUCACAAAAGUUGAUCACUUUAGUUAAAAUGAUUCAUUCUAAGAUUUCAUAUAAAUACAAUCUAAAUUAGGACAAAUUAUGCUAACAUUUGUGAAAGAACAGCCAACAUUUCUGCUGCUUGCUAAAAUGGGAUAUAUUUGCCUAUCUCAAAUCUUACUUAGCCAAAUAAUGGUAGGCUAUUGCAGAUAGAAUUUUAAUUUAACAAACUACUUCAUAGCAUUACUGCUACUUGACAAUAUACUCACAGCCAAAAGAACUUUCAACAAAGAACAAUAAACUGCAUUUAGCAUUUUAGUGCUGACAAUUACAUUAUUGGUUUUCGUUUUGAGAUAAGUUCAGGUAAAUAGCAUAAAUUAUUCUUUAAUGAAGAAGGAACAUCUUGAAUAAUUUCUCCCGUAUAAGAAGUCAAAUUUGGAACUUGUGUUUUUUUUUUUCAAAUUUAAUAAAGGAAAAUGUGUUGUAGAAAUCAGAAUAAUAUAGUUCUAGGACUUAUAGUCUAGAACAAGUGCUGACUAAAAUAAAUAUAAUGCAAACCACAUAUGUAAUUUAAAAUUUACUAUUAGCCAUAUUUGAAAAAGUAAAAGCCAGGUGAAAUUAAUUUUACCAUAAUAUUUUUAUUCCAAUAUAUUCACAUCAUCUAUCAACAAGUAAUCAAUAUUUUACAAAUUAAUGAAGUAUUUUGCAUUAUUUUUAUACUGUUUUCAUAAUCCAGACCAUUUUACACCUUUAGUACAUCAAGUGCUCAAUAGCUACAUGUGGCAAGUGGCUACUAUAUUGGACAGCACUGGUCUAAUGACUUUUUAUUGUGAUCAAAGUGACAUUGGAAUUUUUAUGCUUACAUUUGAGCUGCCUCAGUUUAGGCCUCAGUGGGAGGACAAAGAGAUUAUUUUCAGAAAUGUUACAGACUGAAAUAAGUCAAAAGUUUAUUGGCCACUUCUGCUGAUUCCUGUGCUUCCCAAUAUGAUUUUAAGAAAAUGACACUUUCCUGAGCAUUGCUAAGUUGUCUCUUGGCCAUAGCCCCUCUCGUCCCAAUUUGGGCCCUGGACCCUUGACCACAGGCUGGAAUCUCCUGAGUGCUACCAUGGAGUCAACAAUAUCCUUGCUUACCAAAAGCUAGUGUGCAUGAACCAUGUGUUCCCAUUCAGGAAGGACUGCAUGCAGAAUCUUAACAGGAUUUUGUAGGCCUGGAUUGCGCUGGACAGCAUUCAUCUGUUAUGGACAAUAUGUUCUUCUAGAAAUCUAAUGACCCAUACAAAGUUUGCAUGAUGACAAUUAUAUGAAGAGGAUGACAAUGUCAUCCUACUUACUCCCAAAACGGGAAUAUGAGAGUCAGCUGGCAUUCUUUAGAUUUCUUUAUAAGGGUUUAAUCGACACUGCCAUUAAACAAGAAUUAAUGAAAAAAUUUUAGAAAUUUCUUACAUACUGCUCUUUCAGAAUAAUCCUCCAAGGUUCUUUAGUCAUUUUUAGUGGCAGACUUAAGAAAGGAACAGUUUGCCUUUUACCAUGACCUCAAUUACACAGUAUUUUAAACAUACUUUGCAAUUUAGGAUGUUUAGCAAUCCCUAUUUCCAGUUUCACAUGCAAAGUAACUAACAGUGGGUUGCCUACAGACUGAGAGAAAGCCAUUUUGUUUCCUAUUUCAAAGUAUUUAUUGCACAGAGAUGAUUGUAUUUCAAAUUGGAAAAAGAGAAGUUAAUGUCAGUAAAAGCAAAGGAUAAAAUUAGUAAACAUUUAUUCUGUUUUAGGAUUGUUCUUGCAAAGCAAAUGCAAAAAACAAAAAAAAAGUCAACAAAGUGAAUCAGCAUUAGAUUUUUCUUGAUGAAAGUUGACUCCAUAUAUAAUUGUCAUAAAUAUACUGAGCACGGUCAAUUGCGUAAUUACAAUGCCAUAAUGUAAUUUAAAUGUCAUUGCAGAGUAUUCAGUCUGGUUAUCUAGGUCUCCUUUAAAUGGUGCAAAGUUUCCAGAUCUAUGUAAUAGGAUUUGUAGUAUUUUUCUAAUUAUGGCCUCUUAGGUCAUAUUCCAGUUUCUUUAAACCUUCAUUAUUGAUAUGUUCCUAAUCAGUCAUUCAUAGCUAACAUUUGAGCUUUUAGUAGUUAAAUACUGCUUAAUGGAUAGAUUCUACGGUGUCUUCAGUGUUUUUUGAAACAUUUUCUGCACAUGUAAUUAUCAAUAUUGGAAUUAUAGCAUUUAUAGCCAUAUGAUAAGCAAAAAUAUACCCAAUACUUCUCUACAAAAUUUUUUUCAAAUAACUUUUAUUCCCCUGGCACAACUCAGGGUGAGAUUCUGGCUCCUUGACAAAUAGAAAAACAAAAUCAGGAGACAACUGAGAGGUAUCAGCUAUCCACGCAUGGUAACCAAGUUCAACAUUACCUCUUUCUGUAUUUCAACCUGUUAAGGGCCAGUUUUGUCAUUGCUUCUACAGAUAUUACCUGAGAUCAAACAAUAUAAUUCAGCUCACAGAUCCCAACCAUUAUAUACUUGUCUUGGAGAGCAAUAACAAACUUGAUUACAUUUUUCAUGUUUGGUUGAUUAAAAUUUCAAUUUUCAUGAAUGUUCUUGAUGUUCUCCAGAAGGGUCUGAUCGUGUGAUUUUAACUUCCAUGCAAGGCUCAGUCUGUUCCCUGCCAUCUGGCUCCAAAGUCUACCCAGGGCAAGUUGGAAGCCCAGCCAUGAAAGCAACACCAUCUGACUCCUUGGCAGGAAACAGACAGCUCUAGAGAAGAUACUAGGCAUCUGACCUGGUUGAACUUACAUGAGCCAAACGGGAGAAAACUUCUUCCCAUGCUCUGAUUGAAAGCGAUGCUGUUUGAAUAUUGGCAUAGUGCCACUGGUCAGUAAUGACAAAAACGGGAUUCCACCAAUUGUUUGCUCUUUCCACGUCUUGGUUUGCUACUAGUCGUCCCAUAUCAAUUUCUUGUUCCAUACCCCUGGCCAUCAGGCUUACCAUCUAGGUCUGUGAGAUGCCAUAAAGCCCUGGAAGCAGCAUCUCAGAAUGACAAGAAACAUGGAGUCCCUUGUGUCCCAGAAUUUAGUUUGAAAAUAUAAACAGCAAUACUAAGACUACAAAAUCGCACUAUUCUUCUUAAUACUUGUUUUCAGUACAUCUUGAAGAAUGAAAACCUGUAGAUAAGGAAUACUUAUAUCCCUGUAAUCUUUGCUGUGAAUCACUGUGUUAAAAAUGACAAAUAUUUAAUCUUCAAUGAGAUUAAAUAAUCUUUAUUUUCCAUUUGGAAGAUUAUUUAAAGCCAUUUGAAUGCAAUAAGUUUCACACUAGAAUUUUUAAAAGCUAUUGCUUUCUUUAGCUCUCUCACAACUGUAACAGUUGGGUUGGAUAAAAACCUACAAGGUUUGUCCUUCAUUCUUUGUCUGAUACAUGGGUAAUAGUUAACCUGUUUUGUAAAGGAUACAAUUAAGUAUGACUAUAAAUUGAAAACUGUCAUCUCAUAACUGCAUCCUUUCAACUUGUCCUAUUUGAAUGCCUACAUUACAGGUAAUGUUCAGUAAUACAGAGCACAGGUAGUAGAUUCAUAAUGUGAGUUUGUUUUCAUUUUUGUUAUCAAGGUUAUUACUUUUGUCAGAAGUUCCCAAGCUUCCUCUGUUCAUGACACCCUUAGUCUCAGUGAUAUAUUCUUGCUCCCACUCCUCAGCCAAAAGAAAUAUCUAAUAAGUCCAUUUAUUAAGUAGUUAGAUCCAAAUAACUUACUAGUAGUACUUCAUCCCAUGUCUGACAGAUGUUGCUGUGUUUCCCUUGAAAUUUUAAACUAUGCUGUGCGUUCACUGAAUUGGAGUCUUAAGGAUUUAAGUAAUUCCUUAUGCCCAAUGAACUAAGGGUAUCAGGCAAAAGUGAUUUAUUAGUAAAAAAGAGUUAGGGUAAUGUAUUAUAUUCUUAUUUAUUUGCAUGCAAAUCAUCUUUUACUUGUUUGGUCUUUGAGAUAUACACAUAAACCUUAUAUGUUUUUGUUUUGUUUUUAGCAAAAACAAGAAACUAAAUUUAUACCUCCAAAGAACAGUUUUCAGAGGUCAGGCAAACUACAGCUCACAGACCAAAUCAAGACAGAGGCCUAUUUUUAUAAAGUUUUACUGGAACACAACCAUGCCUAUCUGUAACAUACUGUCUAUGGCUUCUUUUGCACUACCACAGCAGAGCUGAAUAAUUGCAACAGAGUCCAAAUGGCUUGCAAAGCCUAAAAUAUAAACCAUCUGGGCCUUGACAGAAAAAAUUUGAUAACUCUGGUUUUACAUGGUGACUUAGGUCUUUUUGGUGACCUCUAGGAAGGCAGAUGUACUCCACUUUUCUUCUCUUUAGCCUAAGGUUCUUAUUUCCAUUUGCCCCUUAUAAAGUUAGGAGAGUUUUGUUUCUGGCUGCAGAUGCUCUCAUGACAAUAUUUGCCCUGAAGGUACAAUUUAGUAAAAUUUCUCUAAAGAACUAAAAAGGAUACUUAGAGUAUGGAUGACUUGGUUAGGGAGAGGAAUUAAAAAGAUUUGUAGCACUUUGAGCAUGUUUUAGAAAUUUGAUCCUUAUAUUAAAAAUCAUAUAAAUGACAUCUUAACACUGGUAUUUGCUCACAUUGCAGCCAAUCUGCAACUGUUACUUAGUGAACUAAGGAAUAAGAGUACCUUUGGUUCUGAAUCCUUCAGAAUAUUCUCAAGUUAUUUAUGAUACCAACUGGGUUUUCAUUUAAUCACUUUUAUGUAAUGUGCUCUCUUAUGUGGAUUCUGAUAACUCCAGAAAUAGGUAAACAGCCAAAUUUUCUAUGUAAGAAAGCUACUUUCCAAUCCCCAUGCUUGUCUGAGUGUCAGGUAUUUCAUUUCUUUGAAAAGAGAGGGCCUCGAGUAAAUGCUUUCUUUUACUUUUCCCUAAAUAUUUAGAAACUGAAGGGUGCUCUCUUAGUCUGUUUCAGUGACAGAGAAAUCAUUCAUUCCAAAAUAUUUGCCUUAAGGAAAGCAGGUGACCAAGAUGAGAGAAACAUGGGCAUUUGUGAUCUUUGUUGUUUCAGCCAGUUGGACUUUGAAUAUCUAUAGCCAAAAGGUUACAAAAGUUGAUAAUGAGUACCAAACCCAUUAUUAGCUUAUUAUUAGGAAUGCCUAAAAUUAUAUCAUGAUUCUAAUUAAAUAGUAUACUGUUUUCUUUAAACUGUUGCAACAAUUAAUAAUAUGAUAUGGCUACAGUAUACAUUACAGAACUCAAGCACAAAAGAAAUCAAUCUUCUGUCAGCUCCUCGUGGUUGCUGUGUAUAAUGGGGAGACUAUUGGACGAAGCAGGGGAAAAGAUGACAAAAUGUAGAUUCGAUUCCACAUUCCUAACCUGCCCCAUUUUAUUGAUUGCUCAGAGUUUGAAGGCAGUUGUUGAUGAGCUUAAAUGCCUUAAAAAUAGACCAAAGUCAGCAGAUCUCCCAGAAUUAUAAGUUAAACAGUGUAGCAUAAGGAAUAUUAGACCUAAAUCACAAGCACAUUUCAAGAAAACGAUCUGCUAAUUUUGAAGCUUCCUAGUAGCAGCCCAUUCCUGGAAACCUUCCCAGUGAACCAAUUUCAAGCACCUAGUAUGUGCAGUGGAGUCGUCAGAGAUGAAUUAAAGCCAGUGCUGCCCUCUAGCAGCAAGCACUUAAUUGUAGAGAAAAGCCAAAUGUACAUACACAGCCUGUGCUACAUCUAGGCAGACAGAAAGCCCUCUAGGAAUGGAAAGGAAAAGCUCCAUUCUGCUUGGAAUGAUCAAGGAAAGAUUCAUAAUAUGGGCUAGAUUUGAAGGAUGGAGAGAAUUAGGUAAGAGGAAGUUAGGUAGGCUGAAGGGGUAUCUGGCUGAAAAUGGCCUGCACAUAGAGCAGAGAAAAGCUAAGAAAAGCAGUGGAGGAAUAAUGAUGCGUGUGAAAGACUGAAAUUCACAGGCAAGUGUUGGAAGGUGUGCAGAAGAGUCUCAGAUCUUGUGCAAAGUUAAAUUAGACCUCCUUGCUCCUUUCUUCUUCUGGAUAGACAGAUAUGCAGUGUUUUCUUUCAGAGCAUCCAGCCUUCACUGAUCUCCUUUCCACUUGGCUAAUUUGGAGAGGCCCUAAAUGAAUAAAAAUCAUUCAACACAUCAAAGACGUUUUUGCAAGUCACCAGUUGAAGCAAAGCCCCAGUCACUGAAAGCAAAAUGUUAAUCAGUCAGGUCUCCCUAAUAAAGCAAAGUAAAGGACAGUAAUUAUCUGAUUAAGUUUUGCAAAACUCCAGUUUCUGAAUAACUCCUUGUGACUUCAGAAAAUCACGUAACUACCUGCUAAAGCUUUACCAGUGGAAGACUAAAUCGAGGUUACUGCCAUCGUUGCUACUUUAAUCCUUCAAAUUAUCUGAAAGGGCAAUCCCGAUAGGAUUUGGGAUAGAAUUACACCUGAGAGUUUAGCCUUCAAAGGAUAACCUCUAUAAAGCUAAGUCUCAGAAAAAUUAAAAAAAAAAAAAAA